AGUGCGCGUUACCAUGGUAGCCAGACAGGCUACCUGCGGACUCUAGUAGCUGAGAUCUCAAAAGUAUUUCUGAGGCGCCCCGGCGCGGGUGCUGCUUCAGAGCCCUGGUUACGAUCUGCUGAGCCCAGCCUCCGCUCUCUGUGAGGAGGGGCCACCCAGCCGGGGUCUUACUUUAGGAGCCCUCCAAUGGCUUCCCAGGAGAGGGUGGAGACAGUGACCAAAGGAACAGCGUUCUGGCGCUGCCCCAAGCCAGCCACUUACGCCCCAGAGACCUGCGAGCUGCUCAGAGUGAUGAUGAAGGAAUCCAAACUGACAAACUUCCAACAGCGCCACAUCAUGGACACCAUGAAACGAGGAGACACUCUCCCCCUACAGUGCAGCCCAACUUCCAGCCAGAGGGUGUUGCCUUCCAAGCAGCCGGCCUCAGCCAUCUACUUGCCUCCCAUCCUGGCCAUCCGGUCCCACCUCCGGCCUGCCAGCAUGUGCCAAGCCAACGGGGCCUACAGCCGGGAGCAGUUCAAGCCUCAAGCCACCCGAGAUCUGGAGAAGGAGAAGCGAAGACUCCAAAAUAUUUUUGCCACCGGGAAGGAGCCAGCGGAACGGAAAAGAAAGCCCCCUCCUGUGCGACAGGAGAACCCAGCCCCUGAGCUGGACCGGUUUGAAGAACUGGUAAAGGAAAUCCAGGAGAGGAAAGAAUUCCUGGCUGACAUGGAGGCCCUAGGGCAGGGCAGGCAGUACCGAGGGAUCAUCCUUACUGAAAUCUCCCAGGUAGGAGAAGCAACAGGGAAAUGGAGCAAGGGGUUGGGGGGGGAGGAGGCGAUGCAUCCCUGUGAGUGUGGAGGACGAGAUGUGAGCAGGAAUAAAGGGUCAGCUGUGGCCGUUUCGGGAGUCCGGCUCUAGCCUCACAUCUGUGGUGGCUCCUGGAGUUCCUUCCCUGAUCCCCAGCUUUCCCUGAUGCCCUCUGCAGAAACUACAGGAAAUGGAAGACCUUGACCACAAGAGGAGUGAGGAACUUAGGAAGGCUCUUGCCACCACUUAAUCUGCCUCCGGAGGGGGGUGGGGCAUCCCAAAUCUACCACUGGAGCCCACCCCCUCGCCAAGCAGGGUCACCCCCAGGUCAGCCCACCCACCCCGGCCUUCAGCCAUGUAAAUGGUUGUAUAGCACUGCCCCCACCUAGGGUACCCUGGACAUAGCACCCUAGAAAAUGGACCACGUCUCAGAAAAUGAGCUGAUUCUCCUUGAGACUCUGCCCAGGGAUCCUCGGUCAGCUGAGCCUCUGAGACCCGUCACAGAUACAGACACAGACACACACACGAGUCUCUUCUUGGGGAAAGAGCCCCACACACAGUGAAAGCAAGGAUCCAGGUCUCACCAUCUUGGGUGUAUGUCUAAGGGCAUCCACUGGGCUCCAUUCCCACGGCCUCACCCACUGCGUGUCCCUGUGUCUGGCUCAUUAGGUUUUCUGAACUUAGUAAUGAAUAUGAUUCCUUUCUUCCUACCUGUCUUAGGACCUACUUAUUUGACUUCUUACAGCUUUAGGCAAAUAUUUGACCACUGUGAUUAACAGGCUAAUAAAACACAUUUAACAUAGGUCAUUACGCACACCAUUUUGUUUUCAGAGGGAUAAACCUUAUUUGUUCAAGGAGUUAGAAUUUUUCAAGCCCAGUUGGUUUCUAGCUGUUUUGCAUAUUUCAAGUGAAAAUGGAACGAAGGCUCCUGGAGCACCCCAUGGCCGGGCGCUACGAUAGGUGCCGGUGUCACUCUCGGCUGAUUCUCUCAAUAAAUGCCUGCGAUGGUUCAUUAUCCCUAUGUGAAAACCAGGGCUCACCAAGAUGCUAUGACCAGAGUCAUUUAACUAGCAAGUAGCCUACUCAGGAUUAAAAGUUAGCUUUCUGUCUUUCCACCGAACGCACAGCCCAUAGAAAGAAACCCAAAGGGGUGGGAGGGACCCAGACUGAAGGGGCCCUGCU